AUGUCCGCCUUGAAUGCAGCAGACUUGGAGGCGAUAAACCGCGUGGUGGAGCACUUGCGCAACCAUCCUGAGGAGCUACACCGUGAUGAACUUCAGGAAUUGCGGGCGUACAUGGCGUCGCUUGGUGCAUCUAUUUCCCCACCGUGCCCUGCUGGUGACAAACCAGACAUCAACAAGACGGAGGAAACAAGCGCAAAAGAGGAGGAAAAGUUAAUGAGCGAGCCUGAUGCGGAGCGGUGGGAGUUGGAGGACGUGCCCGAUGAUGGCAUCUCACCCUCCAGCAGCGCCGACCCCACACCCGAGGAUGAAGAGAAGGCCAUGGAACUUAAGGCACAGGCAGCAGACUGUGCAUCUGAUGGAAAACUGGAUGAGGCUGUCGACUUAAUGGCGCAGGCAUUACGGAUUGUGCCCGGAAAGGCGAUGUACUGGUCCCAGCGUGCGAACUACUUGCUCCAGUGUGCACGGCCAGGCGCUGCUCUGCGGGAUGCCAAUCGGGCUCUCGACAUCAAUCCUGAGAACGUGCGGGCAUUACGUGUUCGCGGCACCAUCAGGCGUCACUUGGGCAAAUGGGAAGAGGCACUGAAAGACCUCAGCGAGGCUCAAACCGUCGAUUACGAUGAGGGAAUGAGCGAGCUACUAAAGUUUGUGCAGGAAAAGGCGGCCUCACGCCGCCAGUUCCAGCGACAUAAGGAAGAGGAAGCGCAACAACUGCGACAGGAGGCUCUUCGCCGCCAGCGCGAACAAGAAUUACGUGAAGAGGAAAGGGAAAGACAGCAGAAGAGUGCUGGUGGUGCUGGUGGCUUCCCUGGUGGUGCUGGUGGCUUCCCUGGCGGUGCUGGUGGAUUCCCUGGCGGUGCUGGUGGAUUCCCUGGCGGUGCUGGUGGAUUCCCUGGCGGUCCUGGUGGAUUCCCUGGUGGUCCUGGUGGCUUCCCUGGCGGUCCUGGUGGAUUCCCUGGCGGUGCUGGUGGAUUCCCUGGCGGUCCUGGUGGAUUCCCUGGCGGUCCUGGUGGAUUCCCUGGUGGUGCUGGUGGAUUCCCUGGCGGUGCUGGUGGUGGCAUGCAAUCAUUUAUGGAGGGUCUGUUUCGGGAUGAGGAGUUUGUGGAGGCCAUGAAAGACCCUGAGGUGGCGGCAAAGCUCACUUCCCUGCAGCAAAAUCCAAUGGCCGCACUGCAGAUGAUGAGUGAUCCCAAGGUGGGCCCUCUGAUUCAGAAGAUGAUGUCCAAAGCAAUGGGUGGUGGUGGUGCAAGGGGAUCGUUCCCUUCCACUUCUGGUGCAAGUGCCACCACUGGUGCAACCCCGCCAGCGCCUGCUCCCGCGCCUGCUCCCGCGCCUGCUCCCGCGCCUGCUCCCGCGCCUGCUCCCGCGCCCGCCCCCGCACAUCCGGAUGAUGAACUCGAUUGA